UAGUGAAUCACAAAACUAAUUAAAAACGUACAAGUUCAAAUGGAAAUUACACACAAAUCAUCACUACAUUGCUAGUGAGAAUGUUCUCUGUUGUUUGAUGUAUUCAGAAUGAAAUGACAUGAAUCGUUAAAAAUAUUUAUGCCCCAAUACCCUAAAAGGUAUUAAACACCUUGGGUAAUGUACAUGUGCCUAGCAUUAAAGUUUGGCCCCUAACAUUUUGGCCCAAACACAUUAAAAAAAGGAGUAUUCUAGCUAUUUAAAUAAAGUCUAACUAUUAGAAAUAAAUAAAUAGGGUAUAAAUUGGUUCACAAUAAAUGUUCCAACAAACUUAAAGUCAACUCUCGCGUUGUGAACUUGAUGUCAACUAGAGACAUCCCAGCUUCACACUAUGAGCAGAGGCUCCUCACCCUUUUGCUAACACAUUGCACCUGAGCUUCACCUCUACAUUUGAGCUCACAACUUCAAAUAGAGAUCGCAGAAUUGGACAUUUCAGCACCAAAAUGCAAUAUAUAACAUCUAGAAUUACGUCACUUAGUUCGAUUACACAUGCAACCUGGUAGGUUACACGUGUGGCUUAUGCAGGGAUUCUAGUACGCAAGGACAAAAGCAAGUACAACGGUAUCAAACGAUAAGUUAGAUUUUAUCUCUCCAAUUAGCAUCACACAUGUCAAUAGAUCAAUGAGGCGGUUAUUUUUACUUAUUCCCUAAAUAUUUCCUUGAACACUAUAAAUAUCUCUUUCCAGCUUGUGGAGAGACAUUGAGUUCUAAAUUUUCUAGCAUACUAUUACUCAGCCAAAUUUCUUACUCAAAUCAUACUUUGAUUAUUCUUCGGCUCUCCACCAGUUUUGCCUACCCCAAGGUCAGUAAAGCCAUCACAUUGGAAAUAAAUGAGUUCAACCACUUUUUUAAACAUUAGAAAUGAUUCUUGAAACGAGAUACGAAGUUCUUACAAGUAAUGGUUUACCUAUAUAAAGGCGGGCCUAACAUUAUAGGUCGGUUUUGUACUAAUAAGCAUGUAGAGGAGAAAGAUUGACAAGAAUAAAGCAGGAAGGUGAAUAUCAACCUCAAUUCUAGAUAAUAACGUUAUGCAAUGCAAAGAACUUGUCUAUGGCUACAAACAUGCUUGCCUGUUUGGACUCAAAUGCUUCCUUACGCACAAGACAUUGUUCAUUAGGACCUAAUCAUGUGAUAAUAUUUAACAAGAUCAAAGUCAACUACUUCAAUACUCGCUUGAGCUGUUAGAUUUACUUUUUAGUUCUCCACAAGGUGAUCAUGAGCAUGUUGAAGCAUUUCUUAGUUUCUGAGCAAUUUAUCCUGUUGUUUUUCUCUAGUUUCAGCCAAUUGUUACAAAGUUCCUCCAUAGAUUAAUUUCAAAAAAUUAAAGUGCAACAUUAUAUUUAAAAAGGCUUGACAUACCCCCAAAUCGUGGUAAUUUGAAUAGGAAAAGAAUACAGUCAAAGUGAGUGGCGUAGCUAAGAAUUAAGUAGUUGUAAUUAGGGAACCAAAGUUUGAAUACAUGCUACUACAUAAAAGGUCUCCAUUUCAAUGCACGAAUAUCACUCUAAAAAAUCGAUCAACAUAUGAACAUCUAAUACUUUACAUGUUUUUAUAUACCUCAAUAAUGUGUGAUAAACAACUAAUGGAUUUCAUUUAAAACAACAAAAACUUUAACGAAAGAGAAUACAAUUUUGAUUAAGUUUUAUCUGCUUUCUUCAAGGGCCUGAGACUGAAAGUUGGUGAGAAUAUAAAGGCCAUCAAGAGCAACUGGAUGUCCAAUAGUUCUUUCUGUUUAUCUAAAGAUACCCCAACAAUAACUCCAAUAUCAUCAGCAUUACUCUGAAGUAUUCUCAUUUUCAAAUUCAUUUCCUUACCAACUUUACCAAUGUCCUCAGCCUCACUCUUCAACUCAUUCAUACCUUUAUCAAGGCUAUAGUAUAGAUUCUUGCAGGAUCUCCAUUCCCUCAACUAAACUCAUCUUCAUACGUGCAUGUUCAUCAGUUAACACCUUCUAAGAGGCCUCGAUAGUCUUAGAAUGCUCACAGAUUUCCCUUGAAUGACUUAGGACAACGGUCACAUGUUCUUCCACAUUCUUGGAAGCUUUCUCAAGGUGUUUAGUUCUUAGAUCAACCAUGGGUAACAAAUCUUUGAUUUCUUUCGAGUUUUGCAAUAGAACCUCAUCAUGCUCCUCUAUGUUUUCCUCUAUAUACCCUGAUGUUAUCUUCAAGUUAUUCAUCAAUCUCUUCAUUUGAUAUUUAAAUGCAUAUAUCCUACAUUAUAUACAUGUCAUUUUUUUGAAUGGUAUACAUGUCGUUUUUAAAUACUGAUAAUUAAAAUAUUAUCACGAAUGUCCAACAUGAUAUGAGGAGUAGUUCAUAGACUGUUUUAUUUGAGAUUUUUUGAUAUAUGUCUGAUGUGAAUGUUUUAACAUGCAUGAUCGUUCAAGCAAAACCAUUUUUGAAAUCUGUUCUUUUGAGUCUUCUUCAUGUGAGCUUUAUUGUCUUUAUUUGGAAUAACAUUAUAAAGUUAGUUUAAAGUAAUUAUAUUUGUUCAAUAUACUAUCCUUCGUCUCUUUUUAAUCGCAACAUGUUGAAUUUUACACUAUUCACAUGUUCUACUUUGACUACAUUUUAUAUUAUUAUUUUAUGAAAAUUAUUUUUUUAAAAUUAUAUUGUUCAAUUCAUCUCAUUACAAAUUUUCAAAAUCUAAUUUUUAAAUAUUUUUUACUAAUAUGGAUUAAGAUAUAAUUACGGUCAAAGAUGUGCAUUGGCAAGUGUGAAAUGUUGACCGUUGCAACUAAAAAAGAACGGAGGAAGUAUAAUGGCUUACGAGUUACGACUGAAUCACCAGACAUGGAGUCUAAUACAUAGCAAGAGACAAAGUGGAGAACUUAUUGAAGUUGGUGACAUAUAAAGUUGGUUUCAAAAAAAAUUCAAGGUAAAUCUUGUGAGAAAGAUCAUUCAAGUUCAUGUUGAGGCAAUUGUUCAUGAAAGAUUUUGGGUCACAGAAUGGAAAAGACGACCAUACGGAAUGUUUCUGGAAGCAAUCAUUGAGACUCCACGCAAGACGAGACCUUAACUCAUCGUCAUAAAGAGCCACUGAAUAUUUGAGUAGAAGGUUCUGAGACAUUCAAUGGCUCUUUAUGAUGAUGAACUAAGGUCCCGUCUUGCGUGGCAUCUCAGUGAUUGCUUCCAAAAACAUUUUGUUUGGUCUUCUUUUCCAUUCUAAGACCCCAAAUUUCCCAUGAACCAUUGUCUGAGGAACUUGUAUGAUCCCUCUCACAAGAUUUACCUUGAAUUCUUUCUUGAAACCAACUUCAUUUGCCACCAACUUCAAUAAAUUCUCCACAUUGCCUCUUGCUAUGUAUUAGACUCAAUGUCUAGUGAAUUUCGUUGUAACUCGUAAGCCAUUAUAUAUUGAACAAAUAUAAUUAUUAUAAACUAACUUUUAAGAUAUCAUUCCAAAUAGAGACAAUCAAGCUCAAACGAAAAAGACUCAAAAGAACAUAUUUCAAAAUUGGUUUGAUUCAACCCUCAUCAGGCAUGUUAAGUCAUUCACAUCAAACAUAUAUAAAAAUAAAAUCUCAUAUAUAAAAUUCCAUGAGCCACUCCUCCUAUUAUAUUGGAUAUUCAUGAUAAUCUUUUAAUUAUCACUACUUAAGAAUGACAUGUAUAUAAUGCAAGAUGGAUGCAUUUAAAUAUGAAAUGAAGAGAUUGGUGAAUGACUUGAAGAUAACAACAGAUUAUGCAGAGGAAAAGAUAGAAAACAUAGAGGCACAUGUUGAGGUUUUACUGCAAAACUCGAAAGAAAUUCAAGAUUCAUUUUCUGUGGUUGAUCUAAGAACUCAAAACCUAGAGAAGGCUUCCAAGAAUGUGGAAGAGCAUGUGAACGUUGUCCUAACUCAUUCAAGUGAAAUCCAUGAGCAUAUCAAGUCCAUUGCGGCCUCUCAGAAGGAGUUAAGUGAUGAACAUGCACCUAUGAAGAUGAAUUUAGUUGAGGGAAUGGAGAUUCUGCAAGCAUCUUAUAGGAGCCUUGGUAAAUAUAUGAAUGAGUUGAAGAGUGAGGUUGAGGAGAUUACGAAGGAAAUUGGUAAAGUUGGAAAGAAAUGAAUUUGAAAACUAGAAUUAGAAUACUUCAGAGUAAAGCUGAUGAUAUUGGAGUUAUUCCUAGGGUAUCUCUAGAUAAAUAGAAAGAACCCUUGGACAUCAAAUCUACUACCCUUGAUGGCCUUCAUAUUCUCAAUAACUUUUAGUCUCAGACCCUUGAAGAAAGCAGAUAAAACUCAACCAAUAAUGUUUUUUCUUUUGUUAAAGUUUAUGUUGUUUUAAAUGAAAUACAUUAGUUGUUCAUCGCACAUCAGUGAGAUAUAUAAAGAAACAUGUAAUGUAUUAGAUCUUUGUACGUUGAUUUCUUAGAAUGCUAUCCUUGUAUUGAAUUGAAGGCAAAUUUCUAUGGAGCAUGUUUUCAAACUUUGGUUCCUUAAUUUCUACUACCUAAUUCUUAGUUACGCCACUCACUAUUUUGAUUAUUUUAUUUUCCUAUUCAAAUUGCCUUGUUUUUGGGGUAUGUUAAAUCAUUUUAAAUCUAAUGUUGCAGUUUAUUUUUUUAAAAUUAAUCAAUAGAGGAACCUUGCAACAAUUAUUCUAUAUCUAUAUAUAAAAGCAAGUGGAUUUUUGGCCAUUUUCCCGCUCAAAAAUGUCACUAUCAAAAGUGAAAGUGAGUCCAAACCAAAUUAGACCAAUUCAUGAUAUAGGUGAAGUUUAGGUCAAAUAAUAUAGCUAUACUAGAUUAGCUAGACAGUUAAAAUUGGAUAUGAUCACAGUCAACCAUGUUGGUACUGGUAGUACAGGGCGAAUCUAGCAAGAUUGUUGCCAUACAACUAAAUCCAGAAGGGCUGAAACCUUGCAACAAAAUCCAAAAGGGUCCUCCCACCACGCGAACUCGAGCCUGAAUUUUCAUCUAUCUCCCUUCUUAGCCGUUGAGCAACUCCGUGAAUGUAGGAAGAAACAUUGGGAGCAAGACCUCCCUCCUCUCUCCUAAAUGUGUCUAGCGGGAUUCGAACCCGAGACUUUAGUUAGACACGGUAACCUUGCACCCAGUGGACUGGAAUGCUUGGUUAAUAACUUUGAUGGGUGCACGGGUAUUGAUAAAGCUGACCAACGUGAAAGUUGAAACAACCAAACAACUAAUUUCUUCUACAGAGUAUAUAUAAGAGCCCGUUUGAUAGCAUGAAAAUCGGCUGUUUUGGCUGAUUCUGCUGAAAUUUAUGAAGUUCUGACUGAAGUGGCUGCUUUGACUGUUUCUGCUGAUUUACGUAAAAAUUAUUUUUAAAAUAUAUUGUGUUAAUAAAAUUAAGAAAAACUUAUAUGUAAAAAUAGCUAAAAUGGUCAUCUACAGUAACUCCAGCCAAUACAGCGAGAAAAGUAAUUUCAACCUUACUUUUUCUGCUUAUGACACAAUUCAGCGUGCGAAAGUAAAAGUUACGUGUUUGUUGAAAAAGUUGGCUGAUAAGUCUGAUAAGCCGAAAAAUGAGGUUACCAAACGACCUCUAAGUGUAAUAACCAUAAGUUAAGUUUAAACAUUAUAGAAACCAUGAAUUAAAAAAGGAAAAAUUGAUUGUAAUAAUCCCAACUAUUGGCGGUCCGCAUAUAAUAAUCCCAACUAUCGAUUAUUUUAGUAUAAUCCCAACUUUAGGGUCCUUCCGCCAAUAACAGUCCCUGUAAAUAAAUUCAUGUAUUUUUUGAAGUGGAUGAGAAGAGAUAUAACAAGUAAUCUCUAUAAAUAAUCUUAACUUUUAAUUUUUACGCUUAAUUUCUAUUUAAAAUUCACUUUUAUAGAAGGUAAUAUUUGGUCAUGGACCAUUAUUGGCGGAUGGUCCAUAUAGUUGGGAUUAUACAAAAAUAAUCAAUAGUUGGGAUUAUUGUUAGCGGACCGGCAAUAGUUGAGAUUAUUAUUUUCAAUUUUUCCAUUAAAAAAUUGAUAAUUAAAUAAUGAGUAAAAAAGAAUACUAUUAUCUCUGGGGUCGUGGUAUCAAGCCAUUGGACAAGAUUAUUGGAUUAUAGCACUCAAUUUUUUCAUUUUUAUAUACAAAAAAUCUAUCACAAUCACCCAAAAAAAGUCAGCACAAACGUUUCUGAGAAAUUCAAAAAAAGGAAAAGACUUCUCCAAUUUCAGAUCUCCAAUUUUACGAUGGUGUUAGCCGCCGUUCUUACUUACCUCACUGCCGCCAACGGCUGCUGAUCCAGUUUGUGGUCGUCGUAGCCACAGAGCUACUGCCAACCCGAAGCUUGGAGUCUGCUGAAGCAAUCGAGCGGCCAGGGGUGAAGUUGAGAUCGACAUGGAACGAGUACAAGCUCUGGCACCGCCGUUACGUCACCACUCGCCUCGAUUAUGGCCACUCCGCCAUCGAGCCGGUCUCCACCGCAGCUCAACGGUCUGGCCUCUGGACCGAGUUUAUCUUAAUCCAUUAGCAAAGCACGCUUUUUAUCUUCAUAAGAUCUAAAUUGCAUUUUGUAGCCGGAGAGACACUUUCAACACACAUCAAGCUUUGGAAGUGGUGAGUAAGAGUGAUCCGCACCAACCACUCUAGAUUUUUUAAUAAAAUAGCAUUGAAAGAAAGCUGGAGAGAUCAGAGAUGGUUGGGGCAAGAAAUGCCUAAAAU